UCGGCUACUUCGCGCCGAUGGGGAUGCCCUUCCCUCCGCCGUGCGCCCCCUGGAUUCCACCCAACAGCGCCGGCAUCUUCGGCCCCCGCCCCGGCAUCCCGCAGCAGGCAUAUCCCGUGAUGCUCCCUGAUGCACCCUCGCCCACUCCCGCUCCACCCGCCUCGUACGGCACACCACCUCUCUCGUGGGACGCCAGCGCCCUCAACCACGCUGCGCCCAGCUACGGCACCGCCUUCUCGCCCCAUGCUGCCGAGUGGAUCAUGGAUACAGGUGCCGCGUUGCACGUCUCCGGGGACCCAGGAUCUAGCCACCAAGGAAGUUCUUCUGAGAUGCAACAGUGAAGGCGAUCUCUAUCCCUUCUCCGGCACCAAUGGCGCUGCACCGUCGUCGGCCUUCACCAUCUCCACACAUGACUUGUGGCACCGGCGGCUUGGGCACCCGAGUUCCUCCUCCUUUUCCCCUUUUUCCUUAGAUUUCCUCAAAACUUGUAAUAAAGAUGCCCGCAAAUCACCAUUAUGUACCGCAUGCCAACUUGGCAAACAUACACGCCUCCCUUUCCCUUCCUCCACCUCCUACACCACCGCCCCAUUUCAUUUAGUUCAUUGUGAUUUGUGGACAUCACCGGUUGUGAGUUGCUCAGGCUACAAGUAUUAUCUUAUGAUUAUUGAUGAUUAUACUCAUUUUUCGUGGA